AUUGGCGCUAGCUGUAUCGAAUUAUAGAUAAACGCUGUUGUGUGGAAUACACAUGCAUGUGAAAACAAUUCUAUAACCUAUAAGGUAUUUCCGCGUGAAAGUUCAUAGAUCCUAAAGUGUUUGAUAUGAAACUAUGCUUAUCACUGUUAUGUAUAUUAGUAUAUAUACAUAUCGGUGAUGCUUAUCCUCUAUUGCUUUUGUAUUUUGAGCUUUAAGCUUGAAUAUCUAAUACACAUAACCUGGUUAGUUUUUCGCUUGAGUUAACUUCAGGAAGCGGUGGGGAUAACAGAUAACACAGACAAUACGGCCACAUUCUAACAAGAUACCACUGUAUUUCCAGAUGGAUACCUGCAGCGAUGGAGAUUUGAAAAAUGAAUCUUGGUCUUAAAUUUUAAGGAUAUCCUGCUAAAUGGAGCAGGUUAAGGAGAGACCAGAAUUGCUUCAUUGCAAUCAGUCUCAUAACAUAUUACAAGACUUAAUGCUUAGAGAUUUGGGAUUUUUAUAUUACAAUUGCUAUAAAACUACAAGACGUGCAUUAGAAUCAGCAGCUGAAAUGAAUUUAGUUGGAAAAAAGCAUAAAGAAUUGGAAUAUGAUCUGCCAGGAUAUCCUAAAGCAACGUUUUUAAUGGUUUUCAGUCCUGACGGCACUAAAAUAGCAUCAGCCCAUGGAAAUCACAGUGUUUAUAUUACUGAUGUAGCAACUAGAAAAAACAUUAAAAUUCUUUCUGGUCAUCCACGCACUCCAUGGUGUAUUGCAUUUCAUCCCUCUUCUAGUUACAUAUUAGCAUCUGGUUGUCUUGGUGGUCAAGUACGGGUUUGGGAUUUAAGGGAUGAUAGCAAGGUUUGGAAUGUGGAAAGUCAGACAGUUAUAGCUUCUCUUGCCUUCCAUCCAUCUGAAAAAUUACUUGUUAUAGCAACAAAUAAUGAAAUACACUUUUGGGAUUGGAGUCAACCUGAACCCUUUGCAGUAAUAUCUACAAAGACUAGCAUAGAAAAAGUAAGAUAUGUAGCUUUUGACAAUUUAGGAAGGAAAUUAAUCACAGGCAUUGGAAAUAAUUAUAUAAAAGAAUCAAGAUUAUUCAGAUCCCGUUUAAGGCAUGGGAGGACGACGCAUGAUAGUCAAGUACCAAGUAACCAUCCCGAAAGAACUAAUCAAAAUGAAGCGAUUCAAUCGUUUAGAACCAUGGGACCCGAACCUUCACACAGUACUCAAUCGAAUUUACGCGGUAGUGUAUCAGUAGAUAAUGAUGAAAGCUCCAUACUACAAUAUAUCUAUAAUUCAAGGCGGCGAACAGGAAGAGGAAGAGGGGAAUUGAUUCUUCCACAUGAUGAUGACGAAAGACCUUCUUCGGAAGAUGUCUCAGCAGUAGUGUUAAACUUCUCAGGAAUCUACAGUUAUCGUGUACAAGCAUGGGACUUCUCUAAGGGGGAAAUACCUGAUAUUACAAACUCUGAAAAAAAUAUUGUUAUACACAAGUGCAAAAUAUGUAAUGACGCUAGCAUAAAUAUUUCCUCGGACGGAAAACUAUUGGCAACAUGCUUUAUAGGAGCUGCAGGAGUUUACAGUUUACAGUGGGAAACGUUAGGAGAAGAAAUUUAUUGGGCGGAAGUAUAUAAUUCUGUGAUUUCUGUAUCAAUUUCGCCAACACAGGAGCAUCUUUUAGUAGGUCUAGCAAGGAGUGGUAUUGGAAACGAAUAUACUAUGGCUAUUAUUUACAGACUAACACAUAAACAAUCUGAAAAUAACACACCACGUAUGCAAGACUUGGAUUUUAAUAAUCUAGCGAAAUCUUUACAUUUCAUGAGUAAAAGGAACACUAUGUUGUGGGUUAGAGAUUUACUACAAAAUAAUCAAUCAACUGGAGGACAUACAAGCAUAAAUUGUAUCAGGUGGGCACCACAACCUGGCCAAGGUUUAGUUUAUGCUACUAACACUGGCCGAUUAGCUAUUCUUCAUUAAUGUAAUUAUAAUGCUAUUGUAAAAAUAGAAAUUAUUACUAUCAAUACAAUUAUUUUAUCGAAAAACAAUUGUGUACGAAGACAGAAGUUUAUUGUUACAUGUCUUUCAAGGGAUAUAUUAUCAGAAACAUAAUGAAAGUUACUAUUAAGUUGCCAAUAUUAUACAUUUCGACAAGCAGUUUAAUACAAUGCUGUAAUUUAAA